ACACACACACACACACACACUCCUGCAGCAGGAUGAUCUCUCAGGUCUUCAUCUUGUCCUCUCAGGGAGACCACCUCAUCUAUAAAGACUUCCGGGGGGAAGCAGGCAGUGAUGUCGUCAGUGUUUUCUACGAGAAGGUCACAGCUCUGACCGGAGACCAGCCUCCGGUCGUCAUGAGUCACAAAGAUCUCCACUUCGUCCACGUCAGACAGGGAGGGCUGUACUGGGUCGCCACGACGACAGCUGACUCCUCCCCCUUCACCAUCAUCGAGUUCCUCAACAGGCUGGCGUCUCUGGUGAAGGACCACUGUGGCUGUCUGUCAGAGACGUCUGUGCAGAUGAACUUCGCUCUGAUCUACGAGCUGCUGGACGAGGUGGUGGACUAUGGUUACAUCCAGACGACGUCCUCUGACGUCCUGAAGAACUUCAUCCAGACUGAAGCCGUGUCCUCCAGACCGUUCAGCCUGUUUGACCUCAGCAACGUCGGCCUGUUUGGAGCAGAGACCCAGCAGAGUAAAGUGGCUCCGAGCUCUGCAGCCACCAGACCCAUCCAGUCCAGCAGAGAGCAGGGAGGGAAGAGUGAGAUCUUUGUGGACGUGAUCGAGAGGAUGUCUGUGGUCAUCGGCUCCAACGGAGUCCUGAUGAAGGCCGACGUUGAAGGAGAGAUCAGAGUGAAGUGCUUCAUGCCCAGCUGCUCAGAGAUGAGGAUCGGCCUGAACGAAGAGUUCAGCAUCGGAAAGUCACAACUCAGAGGUUACGGAGCAGCGGUUCGUGUUGACGAGUGCAGCUUCCAUCAGGCCGUCAGACUGGACGAGUUCAACACAAACCGGAUCCUCAGACUCUGUCCCAGUCAGGGGGAGCAAACGGUGAUGCAGUAUCAGCUGAGUGACGACCUUCCUUCAGCGCCGCCGUUCAGGCUCUUCCCAACGAUCGAGAGGGACAGCGGGGGAAGGCUGCUGAUGUACCUGAAGCUCCGCUGUGAUCUUCCACCAAAGAGCGCUGCCAUCAACGUCUGUGCCACCAUCCCCGUCCCCAAAGGCUCCCUGAGUCUGUCUCAGGAGCUCAGCAGUCCGGAUCAGAGUGCUGAGCUGAAGCUUCAGAGCAGAUCCAUCGACUGGAAGAUCCCUCGCUUCCCCGGAGGAACACAACUGUCUGCUCUGUUCAAGCUGGAGGUCCCUGGUCUCAGCUCCUCCUCCAUGUUGGAGGUGGGUCCGGUGGUUCUGGUCUUUGAGCUUCCUCAGCUCACCGUCACUGGUCUUCAGAUCCGGUUCCUCCGUCUGUCUCCGGUCCAGCUGGGUCCGUCUCAGCGCUGGGUUCGCUACGUCACCCACUCUGACUCCUACGUCAUCCGCGUUUAACCAGGAAGUGAACUGUUUCAUUUAAUGUAGAUGUCCUUUCAGAAUAAGAGAUAAUAGUAUGACCUUUAUUUUGUUAACUGAUUUUUUUAUUCAGUUCCACACUGACUUUAUUUAUUUUUCUUUUUUAAACUUUCAUUAAAUAAUCCCUCAUUUCUCUUCAUGUCAACAAAUCCCCAAGCUUCAUGUUGGUCCGUCUCUCAAUACGGUCUGACUUCCUGUCUGGGGCUCAUUGGUUCCUAAAACAUCUGCACUCUGUGGUUUUUAUCAAACAAACAGGAGGAAAUAGUGACUUCUUUGGGACUAUUUUCAGCGGCGGAUGAAUCCACAUGUGCUGCUCUAGUGAGUCCGAAUAAACAAGGAUGUGUAGAAUGAGAGAAAAGGACUGAAUUUCUGAAAGUUUCUUGAGAUCAAGUGUUAUUGUUCACACACACGUCUGUAAAUAAAAGUGAAGUCAUGUUUCAUCUAUAUUUUACUUUCUAUCUGAUGUUUAGAUAUUUGAAUAUGUUCAGAGUUUAGAUGUCAGAUUUCACUGAGCUGAAGGUUCAGUUUGUAGCUGAUUGAAAACAAUGGAGGAGCUGCUUCACUUCUCUUUCAUUCAUUAAUCCGUCUGUGGUUCAUCGUUUGCUUUUGAACGCUUUGUUUAGCGACCAGAGUUAAAGUUAGAAGCGUCUGAUGAUCCUGAGAUUAUUUCACUUCUCUGAUAUAAUCUGAUUUUCUACCAAAAACAGUUGAGGAGGAAGUAUGGUGCAUGCAGUGAAGCCUGCACGAUACUUUACUCACGGAAAAGUACAAAAGUAUCGGCAUCAAAAUGUACUUAGAGUAAGAAAAGUAAAAGUACUCAUUAUGCAGAAUAAUAUGUAUUUAACUAAUGUAUUACAAUGAUGCAUUCAUGUGUUUGUCACUUUCAUGCUGGUAAAGGUGGAGCUCAUUUCAGUGAAUUUAUUUGAUAAAGUCUUUUUGAUUAAAUAUCAGAAUGUAUAUGUUGAUUACAUUUUGUUUUAUUGAUCUGAAUCUGCAAAGUAACUCAGAUAAAUGUAUUGCAGUACAAAGUACAGUGUGGUAGAGUGGAAGUAUUUAUUUACCCCAAAACAGGACCUGAGUUCAGCCCCCCCACUGCCAGGAAACAUUCUGGCAAACAGUGAAUUCAAAUGUUUAAUCUUCAUGUUUACAGCUUCAGAGGAGCUGGUGGACUUUGGAGAGAGCCAGGCUAGCAGUUUCCCUCCGUUUCCAGUCUUUAUGCUAAGCUAAGCUAACAAGCUGCUGGUUGAACUACCAACAUACUGAAAUACUCUGGUUUUAUCAGGUGUGCUGCAUUCAUUUGAAGUAUUUCAGAGUACACCUCGACUGAAGAUGUGUGUUGUUGUUUUAGAGGGCAGGUGUAGGAUGUAGAAGAGGUAAAGGAGGAGGAAGAGAAGGAAGAA